GACCAAUAGCGUUGCAGCAGCCACCGGCGCUGGUGCUGCAUAUAUACAGUUGUCCAUCCUCAUGUGCGCCAUUAUCUCUUACAUCGACCUCAUAAACUGUCGAAUUGUAAGAUUCACUGUCUAGGAGCUUCAACCGUCCACCACAGAACAAAAUGCGUGAGUGUAUCUCCAUCCACGUCGGUCAGGCUGGUGUCCAGAUGGGCAAUGCCUGCUGGGAACUUUACUGCCUGGAGCAUGGGAUCCAGCCGGAUGGACAGAUGCCCAGUGACAAGACCAUCGGUGGAGGAGAUGAUUCCUUCAACACCUUCUUCAGUGAAACUGGAGCUGGAAAGCACGUCCCCAGAGCUGUUUUUGUUGACCUGGAGCCCACUGUGAUUGAUGAGGUGCGCAGUGGGAUCUACCGCCAGCUCUUCCAUCCUGAACAGCUGAUCACUGGCAAGGAGGAUGCUGCCAACAACUACGCCCGUGGACACUACACCAUCGGCAAAGAGAUCAUCGACCUGGUGCUGGACAGGGUCCGCAAACUGUCUGACCAGUGCACUGGCCUCCAGGGCUUCCUGGUAUUCCACAGCUUCGGAGGUGGCACCGGCUCUGGUUUCACCUCCCUGCUGAUGGAGCGUCUGUCUGUCGACUACGGCAAGAAGUCAAAGCUGGAGUUCUCCAUCUACCCAGCUCCCCAGGUGUCCACUGCUGUGGUGGAGCCCUACAACGCCAUCCUGACCACCCACACCACCCUGGAGCACUCUGACUGUGCCUUCAUGGUAGAUAAUGAGGCCAUCUACGAUAUCUGCCGUAGGAACCUCGAUAUCGAGCGUCCUUCUUACACCAACUUGAACAGGCUAAUCGGUCAGAUUGUGUCCUCCAUCACUGCCUCCCUUCGUUUCGAUGGUGCCCUCAAUGUUGAUCUGACAGAGUUCCAGACCAACUUGGUGCCAUAUCCCCGUAUCCACUUCCCUCUGGCCACCUAUGCCCCAGUCAUCUCUGCUGAGAAGGCUUACCAUGAGCAGCUCUCAGUGUCAGAAAUCACCAACUCCUGCUUCGAGCCGGCCAAUCAGAUGGUGAAAUGUGACCCUCGCCACGGCAAAUACAUGGCUUGCUGCCUUUUGUACCGUGGUGAUGUGGUGCCCAAAGAUGUGAAUGCUGCCAUUGCCGCCAUCAAAACCAAGCGCACCAUCCAGUUUGUGGACUGGUGCCCCACUGGUUUCAAGGUGGGCAUCAACUACCAGCCACCCACUGUAGUUCCUGGUGGAGACCUGGCUAAGGUCCAGAGGGCUGUGUGCAUGCUGAGCAACACCACUGCUAUUGCAGAGGCCUGGGCUCGACUUGAUCACAAGUUUGAUCUGAUGUACGCUAAGCGUGCCUUCGUUCACUGGUAUGUGGGUGAGGGUAUGGAGGAGGGAGAGUUCUCUGAGGCCAGAGAGGACAUGGCAGCUCUGGAGAAGGAUUAUGAGGAGGUUGGAGUCGACUCUGUUGAUGGCGAGGGAGAGGAGGAAGGAGAGGAAUAUUAAAAGGGACAUAAAGGCACUAGUUAUACAGGAAACAAUUGAUUCCAUUCGUCCUUAUAUACAUUCCAAAAUAAAUGUCUGUCUAUUAAUUAGCAGUUUUAUUGUUCAGAAUAAAACUCCUGGAUAUGUAAAUUUUAAUGUUAAUUUAAUGGGAAAGGAAGGGCCAGAGAGGACAUAAGCUGGUUGUUAGGCUGGAGCUUACGCUUUCGAGGGUGAGGAAGAGCAGUAUUAAAAGGGACAGAAAACACUAUUUGAAACAGGAAACAAUUGCGUCAAAUAAAGGCAUUCCAAAAAUUUGUCUGUCAAAUACAAGUUUGACUGUUCAGACUAAGCCAUCAAAUAACAUGUCUGUUUGACUCUGUUCUAAAUAAAAUUCCUGUAACAUA